UUGUCUACGAGCGAUAGAAGAGGUGAGCGAAUUCAGAGAGAAGCUUAUCUUCAUUGUAAGUGUUUUUUUCAGUCAUGGGUCGUGUUCGUGUUUACUUCGAUAUUAAAAUUGGUGGAAAAGCAAGUGGAAGAAUUAUUAUGGAGCUUUAUAAUGACAUCGUUCCAAAAACCGCUGAAAAUUUCCGUGCUCUUUGCACCGGAGAGAAAGGAAAAGGAAAAUCUGGAAAGAAGCUUCAUUUCAAAGGCUGCAAAUUCCAUCGAAUUAUCCCAGAAUUCAUGAUCCAAGGUGGUGAUUUCACAGAGGGAAAUGGAACUGGAGGAGAAUCGAUUUAUGGAGAAAAAUUCGAUGAUGAAAACUUCACCGAAAAACACACCGGACCUGGAGUUCUUUCAAUGGCAAAUUGUGGAAAGAAUACAAAUGGCUCGCAAUUUUUCCUCUGCACUGUCAAAACCACGUGGCUCGAUGGAAAACACGUUGUUUUCGGAAAAGUUGUUGAAGGAAUGGAUGUUGUAAAAGCAAUUGAAUCGAAAGGAACCGAAGAUGGAACACCAAAAACAACUUGUGUUAUUGCCGAUUGCGGAGAACUCAAGUAA